UACUGCUGAGACUCCUCCUACGUUGUCGAAGGGACGGGGGCAUAUUUUGUAUGCGUGCGAAUUCAUUUUUUACUAUGGAUUGAUUCGUACACAUACGAACAACCGUUGGCCAAGACAAUCGUUUUAACUUGUAAGAUACUUAACGACAACAUUUUUUAUUAGAGACGUUGUUUUUAUCGCUGCACAUCGCAGUGUUAGUUAGCUAACCUUAGCCAACUGACAAUUAGCAUAUGCUGAUGAAGUAACAGUUAGCUAGUAGCUAGAAGCUAGCAGGCCUGCCGAGGCUAACGGCUGGUGUGCGACGUAAACAAACAAUCAGAAGCUGUUGUCGCUAGAUUUCUAUUUCGCGUAUGACGUUGUUUUCUUCCAGUUCUGUUGACAAAGAUAAUUCGCAAUGAAUUGCCGUUCAGAAGUCUUGGAGGUGACGGUGGAGGGAAGACAAGUUGACGAAGCUAUGUUGGCGUUAUUGCACACGAUACUGCUACACAGGAGCACAGGGAAAUUCCAUUACAAGAAAGAAGGCACGUACUCCAUCGGUACAGUCGGUACACAAGACAUUGACUGUGAUUUCAUCGACUUCACUUUCGUGCGAGUGACCUCGGAUGAGCUGGACAGGGUUAUCAGGAAAGCUGUUGGCGAGUUCAAGGAUGCUCUAAGCAACUCUGGGAGUGAUGGGAUGGGUCAAAUCUCAUUGGAGUUCUACCAGAAGAAGAAAUCACGAUGGCCUUUCUCUGACGAAUGCAUCCCAUGGGAGGUUUGGAGCAUCAAAGUAAAUGUAGUGAAUUUGGCUAAUGAACAGGAGCGUCAGAUCUGUCGUGAAAAAGUGGGCGAAAAAUUGGGUGAAAAGGUCAUCAACAUUGUGGAAGUCAUCAACCGUCACGAGUACCUGCCAAAAAUGCCCACUCAAUCGGAAGUGGACAAUGUGUUUGACACCAGUCUGAAAGAUGUCCAACCCUACUUGUACAAGAUCACUUACCAGAUCACGGACUCCCUUGGGACAUCUGUAAGCACAACAAUGAGACGACUUAUUAAAGACACGUUGGCGCUGUAAAAGUGAGAGCGCAGUCUUCUCAUUGCUCUACCAAGAUUUUUUAAACAAAUGAUCACAGGACAUACAUCGCCUUAUCAUCGAUCUGCUGACAUUGCCAUAAUAAAACAACAACGUCAUGCACCAUGAUUAGGUUUAACAUAAAACACAGGACAUGUUCCACUAUAUUCUAUUCAUGCAUCAGUAAUUCCUAAAUUGGAGGCUACUCUUUUCCGAAGAAGCAAAACGAUCUAAAAAGAAUCUGUUAGUGGCUUGCUUAUCAGGGUGAAUAAAGAAUUUUCCUCACUAAACUCUCAACAGCUCACACUUUGCCUUUUAGAAAAUAUAACCAUGGAUGCGCAUUGUAGUUAUUACUGUAAAAAUGUACAGAGGUUGAAAUUUAAGCGUGGACCGAUUACUCCAUCACAGGGUGCCUGCCAACCCUACACUUUUCCUAGAACAUGUAGGUCUAAUAUCAUGUCUUGUAUAUAAGUAAAUACAGCAAUUCUAACCAGAUUGUGAUACAUGGACACCUGAUUAUUUUCUUUAAUUUAUUCCUUUUUUGUUAUAUGAUGUAGGUAGCUAUUUGCAUUAUCUGUUGUCAGUGUAAUGUAAAAUUAAUGUUUUCAGAUUCCAGAAAGAAAAUAAAUCUGAUGAGAUACAAUCAGA